AUGCAAUGCAGAGGUGUUUCAGUAUCACAUAUUAAUGCUACGCGAUCGGCAUUCGUAUCAGUCUUCAAGGUUUACCAUCAAGUGGUUGGCAAUAUUGCGUCCUACCCUUUGAUCCAAGAUAUUUUCAAGGCAGCACGAAGGAAGCAGGAGAAGCUACCCGAUCCAUCAGCGGACAUUUGUGAGAUUGAAACAUUGGUCAUGCGUGUCACGUCAUGGGGGAAGAACGAGGAGCUCUCCUUAACAAGGUUACAACAAAAGACGAUGGUACUUUUGGCAGUGGCUUCUAUGUGGCGCAUUCGAUCUGAUAUUGGACGUUUACACUGGCAGGAUGUUUGUUUACAAGAACGGAUCGAUGCGAAGGUGUCGAAGAUGGGUCCAUUGAGCGAUGUUACGAUUUGCCAAGUGCCCACCGCAGCCAUUUAUAUGCAACAACCCAAGGACUUGAGAAUGGAGAUGGAUGAUGAUCACACUUUUUUCUUGGGAUACAUUGAAAACAACAACUUGGACAAGGUCCAUUAG